CGUGCCUCCGGCGCCGCGGUUUGCAUCCGGGUCUUUGGGCUGUGCGCUUCGCUCCCCGGCCGGGUCGGUCUGGGGUUACUGGUGUGGAUUGUGCCAGCUGUUCCAGCGCCGGGGAAGCCAGUCUUCCGCCCGUUUGAACUUCUGGUCCUGGAAGCUGCACAUCCCCAUAAUGAGGCUUGUAAUUCUUGAUAACUAUGACUUGGCUAGUGAAUGGGCAGCCAAAUACAUCUGUAAUCGCAUCAUUCAGUUCAAACCUGGACAGGACAGAUAUUUUACACUGGGUUUACCAACAGGGAGUACACCUUUAGGAUGUUAUAAAAAACUAAUAGAAUAUCACAAGAAUGGAGACCUUUCUUUUAAAUAUGUGAAGACCUUUAACAUGGAUGAAUAUGUAGGACUUCCUAGAAAUCAUCCUGAAAGCUACCAUUCAUAUAUGUGGAAUAACUUUUUUAAGCAUAUUGAUAUAGAUCCUAAUAAUGCUCAUAUCCUUGAUGGGAAUGCUGCAGAUUUACAAGCAGAAUGUGAUGCAUUUGAAAAGAAAAUAAAGGAAGCUGGAGGAAUUGAUCUUUUUGUUGGAGGAAUCGGUCCAGAUGGUCAUAUCGCUUUCAAUGAGCCAGGAUCCAGUUUAGUAUCAAGGACAAGAUUAAAGACACUAGCAAUGGACACCAUUUUGGCAAAUGCUAAAUAUUUUGACGGAGAUUUAUCAAAGGUGCCAACUAUGGCUCUAACAGUUGGUGUGGGAACAGUGAUGGAUGCUAGAGAAGUAAUGAUCCUCAUAACAGGUGCACACAAGGCAUUUGCUCUCUACAAAGCAAUAGAAGAAGGAGUCAACCACAUGUGGACUGUUUCAGCUUUCCAGCAGCAUCCUCGAACUAUUUUUGUGUGUGAUGAAGAUGCUACUUUAGAAUUAAGAGUUAAAACUGUGAAAUACUUUAAAGGUUUAAUGCAUGUGCACAAUAAACUUGUGGAUCCACUAUACAGUAUGAAAGAAGGAAAAUGAAGGAGAUUGGAGCAAAAUUCUGCUUGACUGAACAGAACACUUUUAUAAGUAGUAUAUGAACUUUCAGCUAUGCAAUAUGAUAUAAAACAUGGGGAGUUUUUGAAGAGCAUCAUUUUUCAAGUCCAAUAUCUAUAUGUUAAACAUUCCAUAUUUAGGAUAUGUCCAUUUUAUACUAGGGUUUAGGAGAAGUAGUUGGCUCUCAAGUAACUGGCUGUUUAUUAAGUAUAUAAACCACCUAGACAUUCUAUAAAACAGCACAGAAAUGAAAUGUCUGCCUGUUUAAACAUUUUAAAGGUGGAGAUUCUGUACAUCAAGUACAUUUUUAUUUUUUAAUCACACUCCAAGCCUUUCAGGUAUCAAACAACUAUCACGGCAAACCUUUACUUUUGGAACGCUACCUUUGUAUUUUGGGGGCAUUAUACACAAGCUUUCUGCACGUGGUUGCCUUAGUCAUCUUCCUGCAAUAGCAUCUGGACAUCAGAAGUCCUGCUAUGUAUUGUUGGUACACAAAAUCUAGAGAUGACAGUGCCUAAAAGUACAGUUUAUGUCCUUUGGGAAGGUAUGUCUAAGUGCAUGAUUUUUGUGCACCUUCUUCUAUAGCACUUUUUUACAAAUGUGCUCUUAUUUAAUGACUUGGGUUCAUGCUUUUCGUAUAAAUAUUUUGGCAGUUAUGAGCUUUAUACCUAGCAACACUCUUAAGGAAAUUCUUUUGAAGAAAAUUUUCUGAUUAUUGUUAAACUUCAUAAAUUAGUUUUAUUUCUUACAUAUAUGUCUAAAAGGA